AUGGGUGCACUCGGUCAGAAUCCGACUUGUCUGCUCUACAGGGGUAACUCGAAAUCAGGUGGUGGAGGAGUGUGUCUUUUUGGGAAGGAGUUGCAUAAUGUUUUGAAGGCUGGGGCUAAGAGGGGCUUCUCUGAUGCUAUUGUCACUGAUGGAUCUCAAGGACAAGGACCUUCUUUCUUCUCUCCCAAUGUUGACAAAACUCUUGUUGCUUUAGACACUCAAACUAACACCAACAAAGACCUUGCCAAACCGGUUCAGGAAAAGAAUGAUCAGGUUGCUGCAACAAAUGGCCAUGCCACUGCUCCUGCUGCUAAAGCACAGGUUGUGGGAUGGCCACCAAUUCGAUCUUUCCGAAAGAACACGAUGGCCUCUAAUUUGACAAAGAACAAUGAAGAAGCUGAGGGAAAACCUGGGUUUGGUUGUCUUUAUGUGAAAGUCAGUAUGGAUGGUGCCCCUUAUCUUAGAAAGGUUGAUCUCAAAACCUAUUACAACUAUAUGGAGCUUUCUUCAGCUCUUGAGAAGAUGUUCAGCUGCUUCACCAUUGGUCAAUGCAAUUCUCCUGGACUUCCUGGGAAAGAUGGACUAAGUGAGAGCUCUUUGAGGGAUCUUCUCCACGGAUCUGAGUAUGUUCUUACAUAUGAAGAUAAAGAUGGAGAUUGGAUGCUUGUGGGUGAUGUUCCAUGGGAAAUGUUCACUGAUUCAUGUCGGAGACUAAGGAUAAUGAAAGGCUCUGAAGCAAUUGGGCUAGCUCCAAGAGCCAUGGAAAAAUGUAGAAGCCAAAACUAAUGCAGAAAAACCCGUUACACCAAAACGGGCUAUUCACUGAAGCAUAUAAAGAUUUACAAGGGCGUUUGAGUUUAUGAUUCUGUUCAAAAUCAAAAACUUAUGUUAUUCAGUGUCUCAGUUUUUGUGCAUUAAUAGUCUGACAAGUUAUUAGAAUUCAACUGGAGACAUCCAGACAGAUAUAUAUACACAUAUUUUGUUUGUUUCUCUAUUUUGUGUAUCUGGAUUUUAGUUUCUGUAUAAAAGAAUUGCUUGUCGUGCUUCUAUAAAUUUUCUUCAUGUAUUUGUUUUAAUAUA